AGGACGAUGAUCCUUUAUCAUCCAAGCAACUCAUAGAAUGUGUUUUGUCAUUCUUAAGAUGCGUUUCUGUUAUUGCAUUUAGGGACCUCAAGGCAAGCCUGGCCUUCCUGGUCUUCCCGGUUCUGAUGGGCCUCCUGGUCAUCCUGGCAAAGAGGGUCAGUCUGGAGAGAAAGGUGCAUUGGGGCCUCCCGGUCCUCAAGGUCCAAUUGGCUAUCCAGGUCCUCGGGGAGUAAAGGGAGCUGAUGGUGUUCGUGGUCUCAAGGGAUCCAAAGGUGAAAAGGGUGAAGAUGGUUUCCCAGGAUUUAAGGGUGACAUGGGCCUCAAGGGUGAUCGGGGAGAAGUUGGUCAACCUGGCCCAAGAGGAGAAGAUGGUCCAGAAGGUCCAAAAGGUCGAGCAGGUCCAUCUGGAGACCCAGGUGCUGCUGGUCCUGCUGGGGAAAAGGGCAAGCUUGGUGUACCUGGAUUGCCAGGAUAUCCAGGAAGACAAGGUCCAAAGGGCUCAACUGGUUUCCCAGGAUUUCCAGGUGCCAAUGGAGAGAAAGGUGCAAGGGGAUUGCAUGGCAAACCAGGCCCCAGAGGACAGCGAGGACCAACAGGUCCAAGAGGCUCAAGAGGUCCAAGAGGUCCCACGGGCAAACCAGGUCCAAAGGGUACUUCAGGCAAUGAUGGUCCGCCUGGCCCACCAGGUGAAAGGGGACCACAAGGGCCUCAAGGACCUGUUGGAUUUCCUGGACCAAAGGGACCCCCAGGCCCACCUGGUAAAGAUGGCUUGCCUGGACAUCCAGGACAGCGGGGUGAGACUGGAUUUCAAGGAAAAACCGGUCCUCCUGGUCCUGGUGGAGUUGUUGGCCCUCAGGGUCCUACUGGUGAGACUGGCCCAAUUGGUGAAAGAGGUCAUCCAGGUCCUCCUGGCCCACCAGGUGAACAAGGCCUCCCAGGUGCUGCAGGAAAAGAAGGUGCUAAGGGUGACCCAGGUCCUCAAGGUAUUCCUGGGAAAGAUGGACCAGCAGGACUUCGUGGUUUCCCUGGGGAGAGAGGCCUUCCAGGAGCACAGGGUCCUGCUGGUCUAAAAGGAGGGGAAGGCCCACAAGGUCCACCUGGCCCUAUUGGCUCACCAGGAGAACGUGGAGCAGCAGGCACUGCUGGUCCAAUUGGUCUACCAGGUCGUCCUGGACCUCAGGGUCCUCCAGGCCCUGCAGGGGAGAAGGGUGCCCCUGGUGAAAAAGGUCCUCAAGGUCCAGCUGGACGUGAUGGAGUACAAGGUCCUGUAGGACUUCCUGGUCCUGCUGGUCCAAGUGGUUCUCCUGGAGAAGAUGGUGACAAGGGUGAAAUUGGUGAACCGGGUCAAAAAGGUAGUAAAGGUGACAAGGGAGAAAACGGUCCUCCAGGUCCACCAGGUCUCCAGGGUCCUGUUGGUGCUCCUGGCAUAGCUGGAGGUGAUGGGGAGCCAGGCCCAAGAGGUCAGCAAGGAAUGUUUGGGCAAAAAGGUGAUGAAGGUCCUCGAGGCUUCCCUGGCCCUCCAGGCCCUAUUGGCUUACAGGGUUUGCCUGGCCCACCAGGUGAAAAAGGUGAAAAUGGAGAUGUGGGCCCAAUGGGUCCACCUGGUCCUCCAGGUCCAAGAGGUCCACAAGGUCCUAAUGGAGCUGAUGGUCCUCAAGGCCCCCCAGGCUCGAUCGGCUCUGUUGGAGGUGUUGGGGAAAAGGUGAGAAUAUUGAUAAUAUCAUUUCUAGAAAGAGAAAACAUUGGAACUGGAAUAUACAUCUUGUUUCUUCUUUGAUGCUACACAGAUAUA